AUGCAACGGACACUUCCAAACCCAGGACUAGAUCUAAGGAUCCCUUCCUAUGAGGAUCUGGAGAGAAGGGAACAAGAAGAGGCUGGGGACAGGCCCAAGUGGGACAACAAAGCCCAGUACAUCCUCACCUGUGUGGGAUUCUGCAUUGGGAUCGGCAAUGUGUGGAGAUUCCCGUACCUGUGUCAGAGUCAUGGAGGAGGUGCAUUUAUCAUCCUCUAUUUGAUCCUGCUGGUGCUGGAAGGAAUGCCUCUCCUGCUGCUUGAGUUUGGAAUAGGCCAGCGUCUCAGGAAGGGAAGUGUGGGAGUUUGGAGGUCCAUCAACCCUUAUCUGACUGGUAUAGGUAUAGGCUCUAUGCUAGUGUCCUUAUUGAUUGGGCUGUACUACAACACAUUAAUAGCCUGGAUCAUGUGGUAUCUCUUCAACUCCUUCCAAAGCCCGCUGCCUUGGGCCCAGUGUCCUCUUAAUGAAAAUAGGACAGGAUUUGUACCAGAGUGUCAACGUAGCUCAACAAUGGAUUACUACUUUUACAGAGUAACUCUGAACAGUUCUACCUCCAUAUCUGACUCUGGUGGGAUACAUUGGCCCAUAGUGGUCUGCCUGGUAGCUGCCUGGUCAGUCAUCUAUAUCUGCUACAUCCGGGGGAUCAGUACCUCAGGCAAGGCGGUGUACGUCACAGCUAUCCUACCGUACAUAGUGCUGUUCAUCUUCCUGAUCCGAGGACUGACUCUUAAAGGAGCCCUAAGUGGAAUAAAGUUUCUCUUCACACCUGAUGUGAAUGAGUUGAUUAAACCAACAACUUGGCUUGAUGCAGGUGCACAGGUCUUUUAUUCUUUUGGUUUGGCAUGGGGAGGCCUCAUCUCCUUCUCGAGCUACAACCCUGUUCACAAUAACUGCUUGAAAGAUGCUGUGAUUCUUACGGUUGUAACUGGCUUAACUUCAGUCUAUGCUGCAUCAGUCACCUACACCAUCAUUGGCUUCAGGGCAACGGAGAAAUAUGACACAUGUAUCAGUGAUAACAUCAUGAAGUUAUUAAAUGCAUUUGAGCUUCCUGAAGACAGCGUCACCACGAGCAACUAUGAAGAAACAUUCAAUCACCUCAACAGCUCAUCUCCUGAUGUUGUUCUUGGAUUGGACAUCAAACUCUGUGACAUGCAGAAACUUCUCAGUGAGGGAGUGGAGGGAACAGGUCUGGCCUUCAUUGUGUUCACAGAAGCCAUCACCAAGAUGCCCGGUUCUCCCAUCUGGUCUGUCCUCUUUUUUACAAUGCUUUUCUGUUUGGGACUCUCAACACUGUUUGGCAACAUUGAAGGAGUGGUGGUUCCACUGAAGGACCUGAAAAUAUUCCCUAAAGAUUGGCCCCAUGAAGCGCUGACAGGAAUAACGUGUAUUGUGUCCUUCAUCAUCUGCCUCCUGUUUGCACAGCAUUCUGGGUUUUACUGGGUAACCCUCUUUGACAACUUUGCUGGAUCUGUUCCACUUCUGACUAUUGGAUUUUUUGAGAUGAUAGCUGUUGUUUACAUCUACGGCAUAGACAGGUUCAAUGAGGACAUAGAGUUCAUGAUUGGAUACAAGCCCUCCAUCUUCUGGCAGAUUUCAUGGAGGCUCAUCAGUCCUUUAGUUGUUCUGGUUAUCUUAGUUUUCUACCUGGUUGCACAAGGACAAGAGGAGCUUACCUACUUAGUCUGGGAUCCCAAAUCUGAGGACUUCCCAUCUCUAUCGUCAGUGUCUUACCCUUCAUGGAUCUACGUGAUCAUCUUCUUUUUGGCGGGAAUCCCAAGUCUGACAGUUCCUGUGUAUGCAUUAUGUCGGCUGAUCUUUUGUAGCUGUAGAGGAAAAAAAUAAUCAGAUCUCUUUGACUAUGAUAGCAGGCUCUUUUAGACUUGCCAUAAGCAUCUCUUUUAUGACCCAUGAACAUGUUCUUAAAGCACAAUGCUUGCACUUCAGUUAAGUUUUCAUAUUUCUGCAAAGUUUUUUUGCUGCUUUAUCUAAGGACUUUUCAAUCAUUACACUAAGGGGAUUAUUCGUAUGAACCUAAACCCGGAGACAGAAUACUGCUUUAUUACCGCCUCUUUAUCCUUGUUCAUUAUUUUUCCCUCUCAAUCAUUCUUUUGGACAAAACAUUGCAUCACAUUUCAAACAGGGCAGUUGAACAAUUUACUGUUAUAAUUACAACAUUUUAGAAAUUGCAAUAAUCAGGUUUAGAAUUCCAUUGUUUUGGAUUUCAGAACAGUUCAUCAUGCUAACCUGUUGAUGUCCUUUAGACUCAAGUCUUCCACAAUGUUGACUGACCUGCAGUCAGUUUUAUUUACAGGUGUGGGGAAAUUCACACUUACUAGCGUUCACACCAGACGCAAACACUCACUUAAUUUGCAGGUAUACAAACGGCAGAAUGUUUUGCGUUCACUUGCUUGAUUAUCGCUAAUAACUCACUCCAUUUGCAUGUUCCCAAAGACUCGAAUCUUGCAAGAGGAGAGGGGUUCCCUUCAAACGCCACUCCAGUCUGUCAUCAAACAAGGAUGAGCUUGACUUCCCUGAAUGGUGAAGCUAGUUAUGAUAAUUGGGGCACUGCUAACUUAGUAGUACAACUGAUAGCUGAAAUCAAGUGACAGACAAGGGUUUUCAUAACUCACCAGAUAAUCUGACUAUUUAUUCCUGUUUUCAUAAAAAAAAAAUAGAUGGUGUCACAGAGUUCAGGGAAGCCGCACAGAGAUACAAUUAGUUUGUCCUUAAUUUUCCAGAUGAAGUAACCUCCACUGGUCAGUAAGUCACACCAUACGUCACCAGAGGAUCUGCACGCUGAUUGGCUAUCGUGGUGCAAACUAUUCACUAAUGUUCAAAUAUUUAAACUCUCACAAAUAAGCUAAUUAAGUGAAUGAAACCAGUUGAGUGUUGAAUGUGUUGUGAAUUCACACCAUUUGCGUAUAGAAUUUGCGAUUACUUUGCAUGUAAUUCACUCCCAUGGAUUAUUUUAUGUGUGUUUGUUGUGAACAACAUAAUAUAGACCUCUGCCAGCUUUUGUGUGACAUCAUUCUAAUUACCUGCACCUGUAUGCUUCGCUUGUAGACAGCAGCUUAAACUCAAAAGAAUACUUGAGUCAUAUCCAAAUCCCGUUAGAUGCAAGUUGUACAUUACUUCUGACUUCAACAGUGCACUGGUGUUGUUAUUUGCCAGCAGUGGAAGCAAGAGCAAGGAGACACAAUCACGGCUCAACUAAGGUGUGCAGAAGGUGAAGUGUUUCAGUUUGUGUUACAAACAGUCCUAAUUUCAAAUAAAAUGUAUGAAGAUCUAACAAAGUCUACAUAUGAAAUGGUAAACAACAAGGUAAACUAAGUUUUGAAAUAUAAAUGGGCAACACGGUUAUAAAUCUGCAAUCUAUAAAAGUGAGUUGUCUACAACUUGGAAAACUUAAAUUUCUUAAAGAAACAGUGACAGGCUAGUUGCUAACAGCUUUACCUCUUUAACAUACUGGUGGAUCUAGCUGUUUAAAGAAGGAGAAAAUAUGUAGAAGUUUAGCUGAGGGGGACCUCACACUUUUGUAAGAAGUAAGCAAGUUAUUUUACAUGUGGAAUCUCUGACAGCAAUGUUGUCGGUGUUUUAAUUUAAGAAUAUUAAAUGAGCACUAACUCAAGAGUAAAUAAUUUCUUGUUCAUUCA